AUGUCGCCCGUUGAUAACCCGGCUAUCCCCAAGGGCUCGACCGUCCUUGUCACUGGAGCAAAUGGCCUGAUCGGCUCGCAGGUCGCUGACAAGCUACUGAAAAUUGGCUACAAGGUCCGUGGAACGGUCAGAGACACGAAGAAGAAUGCGUGGAUGAGCGAGCUCUUCGAUGAGAGGUAUGGCAAGGGCAAGUUUGAGCUUGUGUCUGUCCCAGACAUGGCGGCUGAGGGGGCGUUCGACGAGGCCAAGAAGGGAGUCACCGCAUUCAUUCAUGUCGCUUCGGUCUUGUCUUGGGACACCAAUCCGCAGAAUGUGAUUCCUCCGGUCGUCAACGGAACUCUUAUCGCGGCCAAGGCGGCGGCUAGCGAGCCUAGCAUCAAGCGCUUCGUCCUCACUUCUUCGUCUUGGUCGACUACCAUGCCUAUCGCAGAUACCAAGGUGGUAGUGGAUGAGAACACCUGGGACGAAGAUGCCGUGAAGGAUGCGUGGAAAGAAGGCGCAGAUGCCUCCCCACAGCAAGGCGCCAUCGUCUACGGUGCGAGCAAGACGCAGUCUGAGCAGGCUUUGUGGAAGUGGGUCAAGGAGACGAACCCAGGAUUGACUGUGAACUGCGUUCUGCCGUCCUUCAACUUUGGAAAGGCCUUGUCCGUCAAGCACCAGGGCCACCCAUCCACUUCAGGUUCGAUCGGAGCGCUUUGGACAGGAAACACCGAGCCCUUGAAGACUCAUGUGCCGCAACAUUUCGUCGAUGUCGAGGACGCGGCGUGGCUCCAUGUGGCAGGCGCCAUUCACCCAGAUGUCAAGAGUGAGCGCAUCUUCGGCGUGUCGGGGCCAUACCAGUACAACGACAUCCUUGCGUGGAUGCGCAAGACUUAUCCCGACCACAAGUUCCCUGAGGACUUCAUGCAUGGUCGUGAUCUCACGGAAUUCAAGCAGCGGAGCCGGGCCGAAGCGCUCUUGAAGGAUAUGGGUCAGCCAGGGUUCACUAGCCUGGAGGCGUCUGUUCAGAAGAACCUGGAAGGGUUAGCUUAUUAG